UCCCUCCCUAUCUCCUUGUGAUUCCACACCUCUUCCCUUGGACAUGCUGUCAGACGGUUUUGCCUCCAUUGCACUGGAUCUGCUACUCGGAGACUGAGAUUGUCCGCAUUCAAUCUAUCAAGUCCUCUCUCUCUCUCUCUCUCUCUCUUAUCGUGCAAUCUGGUAUUUUUCGCCCCCUUCCUGUUUUUUUUUCUGUUCUUAAAAAUCAAUCCAGACAUAAGUCAUGGACGACAGCGCAGAGGAUGACAGGUGCACCGUCAAACAUGAGCUUAAAAAUGCAAACCUAACGGGACAUCCAGAAAAGGUGGGAAUGGAAAACUUUGAGCUCCUGAAGGUCCUGGGGACAGGAGCCUACGGGAAGGUCUUCCUCGUGCGGAAGGUGAGUGGGCAUGACACAGGCAAACUCUUUGCCAUGAAGGUGCUGAAGAAAGCUUCCAUCAUCCAGAAGACCAAAACAAUGGAGCACACCAAGACAGAGAGGCAGGUCCUUGAGCAGAUCCGUCAGAGUCCUUUCCUCGUCACGCUGCACUAUGCCUUCCAGACCGACACCAAACUUCACCUCAUCCUUGACUAUGUGAGUGGAGGCGAACUGUUCACCCACCUGUACCAGCGAGACCACUUCAGUGAAGCAGACGUUCGGAUCUACAUUGCUGAAACCAUUCUUGCCCUGGAGCAUCUGCACAAGUUAGGGAUCGUGUACAGAGAUGUUAAACUGGAGAACAUCCUCCUGGACAGUGAGGGACACGUGGUUCUCACGGACUUCGGGCUGAGCAAAGAGUUUCUCACAGAUGAGAAGGAGAGGACCUACUCAUUCUGCGGCACCAUCGAGUACAUGGCCCCAGAGAUCAUCCGGGGCAGUAAAUCCGGACACGGCAUGUCAGUCGAUUGGUGGAGUCUUGGGAUCUUGAUGUUUGAGCUUCUGACUGGUGCAUCUCCAUUCACCCUGGAGGGAGAGAAGAACUCCCAGGGGGAAGUGUCCAGGAGAAUCUUACAGGCUGAUCCCCCGAUCCCCUCUGAGAUCAGUCCUGCUGGUCGGGAUCUCAUUCAGAAACUCCUCAUCAAGGACCCGAAGAAGAGGCUGGGAUCGGGACCCAAGGGAGCGUCAGAAAUUAAACGCCAUUCCUUCUUCCGGGUAAGUCUCUUCGGCCCUUUAUCCUCCCCACCCACAUUGACCAAAAUCCUGCCCCUCCCUGACUCACCACCCCCAUCCCCCUGUGGAGGGGCAGGCUGGGGUCAGAGGUCAGGGUGGGGUAGGGGUUCACGGCGACAAUCCCUCUGUGCUGUGUCGUGCUCCUUCUCUACAUUUGAACGAUUAAUGGGCAGGAAGCCCCGAGUGGCUGAGCGGCCCUGUCUUGAGGGCUACUCCUUCAUCGCUCCAUCUGUGCUGUUUGCUCGGAACGCUGUGACCUCCGGAGACCUGGAUCUUGAGCUGAGCGAAGUGGGCAGCUGCCCUGAUAGCAUGGCAGUCGCUCGGAGUGCCAUGACAAAGGAUUCUGCGUUCUUCCAGCACUAUGAGCUGGACAUGAAGGAUCCACCUUUGGGAACAGGCAGCUUCUCCAUCUGCAGAAAGUGCCAGAGCAAACUGAAUGGGCAAGAGUACGCUGUCAAGAUCCUGAGCAACAGGAUGGAGAGUCACAUCCAGCGAGAGGUGGGAGCUCUGAGGUUGUGUGAGGGCCACCCGAGCAUUGUCAAUCUUCACGAGGUUUUCCAAGACCAGUUCCACACGUACCUGGUAAUGGAACUCCUGCGUGGAGGUGAGCUGCUCGAUCGAAUCCGUAAGAGGAAACACUUCAGUGAGUUGGAGGCGAGCCAAAUCAUGAGGAGCCUGGUGUCUGGAGUCAGCCACAUGCACGACACUGGGGUGGUGCACCGAGACCUGAAACCAGAGAACCUACUCUUUGCGGAUGAGAGAGAGGGCUCACCCAUCAAGAUCAUCGACUUUGGCUUUGCCCGCAUCAAGCUGCCCAAUAGCCAACCCCUUCAGACACCCUGCUUCACCCUGGAGUAUGCUGCCCCCGAACUGCUGAAAGACCAGGGCUAUGAUGAGUCCUGUGACCUCUGGAGCCUGGGGGUCAUCCUGUACACCAUGCUCUCUGGGCACGUUCCCUUCCAAAACUCAGCCAAAGGCAUGUCAUCAUCCAACACAGCGGAGAUCGUCAGGAAGAUCAAGGGUGGUGAUUUCACGUUCGGGGGCGACGCGUGGAAAAAUGUGUCCGAAGGAGCAAAGGAUAUUGUUCAAGGUACAGGCGGGAGUGUGGGGCUCAGUCAGCAGGCCCUAGAGCUGUACCUCAUGGACAGAACAACCACUGGCCCCCAGAGAGCCUUUAACCAGUGUAAGAGAGACGGAUUCCUCCUGAAGAGUGUGGAUAAUGCCCCGCUGGCAAAGCGUCGGAAGCUGAAGAUGAGCACAGGGAUAGAGACCCGGAGCUCCAGCGACAGCUCAGCGUCGUCCUCAUCCUCGUCAGCGGGCGCUACCACCCGCAGCAAGGGCACCCCGGUCCGGGGGCCCAGACAUAAGAGGCCCGACACGCUCUCACAACCCUCCUAGGGGGUAGACACUCUCCUCCCUGCCCCCUUUGGUGGUGGGGGCGCGGGGAACAGGCUGCACAGUUUGAACCACAAACCUCCCCCCCACCCCAACCAAUCCCGCACCACCACCCUCUCCUCUUCACCCACCCUGCGAAUGGCGGACGGGUGCUAUUUGACAGUGGGGGCGUCACAAACCCUGACUAUCCUCGACUUGUGCACUGAGUAGCUGCCUCUUCACAGGGGCAGGGAGCUGGCGGGGUGGGUCAGAAAUAGUGGGAUCUUUCUGUGCAUCGGGAUGGGUAGGAGAAAGGGGGGAAAGGCGGAGGGGGGGGCUAGAGAUUUUACAAUUCCACAAUAAUUGCGCCCCCCCACCCCUUUCUCCCUGGGUCACCAUGUUUUCUACCCCCAUCAGGAAAGGGUUUGAUCCCCAGCAGGACAGGGAGAGAAAACCAACAAAUGCCCCCCACCCCCAAUUCCUUCCCCUCACUACCCUCCUUAAUAUUUGCCCCUCAGUGGGGUGGGGGUAGGGAAGGUAUGGCCCAUCUUAGCCAUAACGGGACCCCGGGCUACACCGCCCGGCUUAAACCCCACAUCCAAAGACCCCGCACUUAGCCACAUCACCUUCAGGGGUUGGGGGGGCGGGGAAAGGUGCGGCGAGGGGUUGGGA